UGCUUUUUACUCUCUCUGAUUUGUUUGUAUGUAAUUAGUUUUUUUGUAAGAAUUAGAGUCAACAAAGUUUCUCUAGUCGAAAUUUCUGAUAAAGGUGAGUAAUAGGCAAAAGGCGUGAUUCUUGAUUCAUUUGGUCGUUAUUGACCACAAGGAGUGGAGGGGCGACACGCAAAAACAACAAACAAAACAUACAGGUGUGUGGCGUCGUACAACGUGACUAUUCCUCUUCUUCUUCAACCACCCAAAAAUACAUCCCCAAAAUGGCUUUUGGCCGCCGAAUGGAUGGCUGCGGUAACAUCAUGAAGUAUAGCCUCUUCAUUGUCAACAUAAUAAUACUAUUGGGCGGCUUGAUCGUCGCCGGUUUAGGCCUGUGGACCGUCAUCGACAAGUCCUUCGCCAACGAACUUCUGGGCACCAAUCUUUACUCUGGCGCCGCUUACGUCCUCGUCAUCACUGGACUUUUGGUCUCCUUCAUCUCCUGUUUUGGUUGUUUUGGCGCUAUCAAAGAAGUCCGCUGUAUGCUAGUCACGUACUUCAUCGCUUUGUUCCUUAUUUUUGUCACGAUGCUAAUCGGGGGAAUCCUCGGUUACGUUUUCCGGGAGAAAGUCGAUACGACUGUCAGGAAUGGCAUGGUCGGCUCUUUAAAGUCCUAUGGGAAUUACAGACCCGUGACAGAGGCCUGGGAUGAGACCCAGAGCCGACUUAUGUGUUGCGGAGUCAACGACUGGAAGGACUGGAGGGAUAACAUCCCGGAUUCGUGCUGCAAACCGGUGUUAGGAAGGAGACAGAGAUGCAAUUUAUUGGUGGAGAAUCAAAAUUCGUUCACACUAUAUACGAGGGGUUGUUUGGAAGUCACUAAGGAGUAUGUGAAGGAGCAUGCGGUUAUCAUCGGGUCGGCGGGGAUCGUAGUAGCCUGCCUUAUGAUUUUGGGAAUGAUCUUUUCCUGUGUACUUUUCAAAAUGCUCGAAUAAGUCCAAGUCUCUUUGUGUUUUACUUUUUCAAAUGUAUUUAUCUAAACUAAUUAUAAGAUUAAUCAUUAAAAUAAAUGUUUUUUUAUAAUA